AUGGCUGAGCUGACACAACAGGCUGACGUGGCCAAACAGGCUAACAUAGCAUGUCGCGUACCCCGAGGGACAUGCGACCACCACGAGCGUGACAAUAAUGGGAGUGACCAUGAGGCACGCACGCCAGGCAGUGGCGAGCAGGCGCAGCAACAGGGAGAGGAGGAGCACCACAUCAGGGAAUCAACAGAAAGGCAAAGCCAGCCACAGCAUAUGGAGCGGCGUGAGAGUGAAGCAGUAUUGCCACAUCAGACGGACAGCUGGCAGCAGGCGGACAGAUGGCAGCAGGCGGAUGGGUGGGAGGAGGUGGUGUUGCUUCUGGACCUUCUGUCCCUCUCCCCCUGCCUGUACGCCCCUCCUCUCCGCGCCAUGCUGCGCGCCCCUCAUACCCUCAAGCUCGGAUUUGCCUUCUCAGACGACCUCGAGUUCCUCCACCAAUCUCUUCCUUCAUACCAUCACUCCCUCUCAUCACACCACCACUCCCUCCCCCCACACCAUCACUCCCUCCCCUCACACCAACAGUCUCUUCUCCCAGACCAACUCGACUGCCGUCCUGCAGAGCACGAGCACCCCUCCCACGACUGCUUCCACCACGUGGCGCCGUUCAUAGACGUGGGCACGGCCUACCACGCCAUUCGCCGCACGCGCCUGCACCUCAAGCGAGACAACCUGCUCUCCCUCCUCACCGCCACUGCUCCUCCCGGCUCCCUCGCGUCCAAAUCCGUGCUGCCACCCGCGUCUGGGCUGUCAGCGCUGGCGCAGGUGCUGCUGGGGGCGCCGUUGGACAAGGAGUUGCAGUGCAGCGACUGGGAGCAGCGGCCGCUGUCACGCCACCAGCUGCACUAUGCUGCUGCCGAUGCCCUCUGCCUGAUUCACAUGGCGCUCGCGCUUCUCCCCCUCGCUCUGCGCCCCCACGCCCUCUCCGCCCGUGCCCUUUCCCCCCAUGCACUCUCCCCUCACGCCCUCUCUGCCCAUGCCCUUUCCGCAAAUGGAAAGGUGCGCCAAACUGACAUGCAUGGGAAGGCGCUGGUGCCGCCGUGGGAUGUGUCGCGGGGAGGGGAUGGGCAUGCGCGGUUCCUGUGUGACUCCAUGGUGGAGGGGCUGGCACGGCAGCUGCGGUGUGUGGGCGUUGACACUGCCUCUCCCAAGACUCUUGGCCGAGACACAUGUGACACAAGAAAACUAAUAGAGUGGGCAGAGAUGGAGGGCCGUGUGCUUCUAACGAGGGACGUGAAGCUCUUCCGGCGCCGCCUGCUGCCGGCCAGCCACAUGCACCUCAUUAGAAGCACCGACAAGCGCGAGCAGCUCCGCGAGGUGGUAACCGCGUUCCGCCUGCUCCUGUGCGAGUCCUCGCUGCUCUCGCGCUGCAUCCGCUGCAACGGCACCUUCAAGCCGCAGGCGCUGGGGCCGGCAGAGGCAGCAGCGGCGGCGCCGUGGACCCAGGUGGUGCCGAGUCACGUGUUGGAUCGGGUAGCGGAGUUCUGGCAGUGCUGCCAGUGCCAACACCUGUUCUGGGAGGGCUGCCAGUUUGAUCGCGCCAUCAAGCAAUUCACAGAGGUGUGCCAGCUGUCAGCUGCGCUGGCGCAGACGAAUGUUUCAGCCAACAGUUGA